AUGGCCUGUGUACUGCCCACAUCAACUGAAGUACCCAACAUACAACCCUUGCCAGUUUUGGUGUCCACCAUAAAGCCUGUGCCAGUGCUGGUGUCUCACCGCCGCCUCCGGGACAGAUUUACAGGACUACACCUGCAGGAGCUGGAACGCUUUUUCCAGAGAAAUCACUAUCUCAGUGCUAAAGACAGGAUCCAGGUCAUAAAGCAUGGAAAUAUCACCUAUCCAGGCCAUGUGGAACGUGACGAGAAAGAGGAGAAAGGUGUGAAAGCACAGCUGGUCUUGCGCGCUGGAGAGGAGAGAAAUGGGGAAGAGAGUGACCGGUCCCCUGCCUGGGCUGGGAGCCUCAGCACCAAAAUGGGGAGGAGCAAAAGAACUGAGGGUAUGGAGGAGAAAGGGGAGACUACAGCAGGCCAGAUGGCCUGUGUACUGCCCACAUCAACUGAAGUACCCAACAUACAACCCUUGCCAGUUUUGGUGUCCACUAUAAAGCCUGUGCCAGUGCUGGUGUCUCACCGCCGCCUCCUGGACAGAUUUACAGGACUACACCUGCAGGAGCUGGAACGCUUUUUCCAGAGAAAUCACUAUCUCAGUGCUAAAGACAGAAAACAGCUGGCAAGGUGGAUGGGUGUGACUGAGGCCAAAUUGCACAGAUGGUUUAAGAAGAGGAGAGAGGACUUCAGCAGAGGACAGAGUCAGUCAGGGAUGAGUGGUGGAACUCCUCCAGAAACCACCCCACCCCUCUCUGUACGUGGCCCAGGAGCCCUAGUGUACUACCCUGGAGUCACUUCUCCUGAUACCAAGGGCCUCUCCUCCAUUGCUGUCAGCUAA